AUGCAUUUCAAGAAGAGUACUCAUCAGGAGAUGAAUAAGAACGACGUCAAGGUCCUUUCUAGUACUGGAAUGAAAGCUGACGCCAUGGCCACGAUUGCUGGCCGUGACCAUGCAAGUAGCAGCAUUGUGCUCUUUGAUGUUGGCGGAAAGAUUUUCAAAGUCUCUCGCUCUACACUUGACUUGUAUCCUGACACCAUGUUGGCUCGCAUGGCCUCUAAAGAAUGGAAGACUACUGGCGAGAAUACGCCUUUGUUCAUUGACCGUGAUGGCGAUCUGUUUCGAUACGUUUUGAUACUGAUGAGGGAUGGCGGUGAAGUCAACUUGCCAAUGACAGAAUCUCGAGAAGGAUACCUCAAGGAGCUUGAAUUCUAUGGCUUUUGCCUUGACGAUUUCGAUGAGAGAGACGUCCACGUUGGAACCGUUGCGGAAGCAGGCAAAGUCAUGGCAGCUCUUGCCGGCAACGUUCACAAGGAACUUGAUGACAUGGAUGAUUCCAUUGCUGUCAUAGAAAAGCAACUGAAACAACUAGAGCUUCGCAAGGAGGCCCUCAAACUGGCUCAUGGCCUGUUUGAAAGAAGCCAUGGAGUUCAAUCAAAGGAGAACUGCAAGAAACUCACGGUUCGCAGUAAGGACAAAGACGAUACUUUGUUUGCCCGCCACCUCGAAGCCAUUGAAGGCAACAAGGCUAUUUUGAAUGAGUAUCUUGAACGAUACGGCCUCAAGUUGGUUGGUUUGAAAUUCUUUCCACAUGCAUUUGAUGUUGCGUUUUGUGAUUUUCAGUUGGAACGCAUCGCAAGUCGAGACAAAGAUGCACAGUCCAAAGAGAAGAAGAGAUCCAAAAAGCAAAUGGGGGGUGAUGAGUAA